CUUUUUGUUUCUUCGCAGCAACGUCAACCUGAAUGAUGAAUAACAAUAAGUAAUAUCAUCCAUGAAUGAAUAGCAAACCGCCACUUGUUGUUUGGCGUGGAAAGAUAAAGAACACCAAGAGGUGUCUCGUCGGUCGCAUAGGGAGCCGCAAACGCUAUCGAGAAAGGUAUCUGUGCCGUGUAAGUGCGGACCUUCGGAGAAACUGCGAGAGAACAAGUGCAACAAGCAAGUGUAAAAAAUCUAAGUUUCGUGAUACAGUUGUAAACAAACGGGCAUCUCUCAACAUGAAGUAUCAGCGGGGCCGCGUGAAUGACGUGCAAUUGUGGACGAGUUUGCGGUCCUCCUCGUCCGGAUUGUUAUGCACUAAAACAAGCACUGUGGUUUCCGUCAUCGCGUUGCUCUUAUCUUGUUUCCCAGCACCAGCUCCUGCCACGGCUGCGUCUCAGACCUUGCUGCAGUCUAUAUUCGCGCAGCAGCAGCAGCAGCUUGGUAACACAGGUGCCGUCGUGCGGAGCCACCGCCACAGCGCGCCGGCGUCAGCGAGAGAGUCCAGGGUGAACCUUAAAGUGAAGUUUGCUUCCCCGGACGAGUCGCAAAAGGAAGUGACCAUUACGCCUCAAAUGUACCUCUUUCAGUCCCGCCGUACUAUUUCGGGCCCGGAUUUUUCGCUACCACUCCAGUUUUCCUUGCAGCACCCGACCAGAUUGGUGCUGUUCAAUUUUCGAUGGCCUGCGCACGACUAUGCGGUGUUUCAUGCCGGAAAAACGGUCAUUGCAGCCUUCGCCGGGAUAUCCUGUGCAAAAGUAAAGUACUCGUAGAAAUCCAAGCCUUGCAUUACAAAUCUUGUUCCCAGGGCAAAUCUGCAUUUACAAAUUUUAUUUCUCAUGCUGAGGAAAUUUUAAUUUGUAAAUGCAUUUAUACGAGAAGUGCGAUACUUUUGCAGUUCAUACGGGAUGCGGUUUGCCGUGCCACCGGGGAGCAGCUUCCGACCGCCAUCUGCGGCACUAAACCCCCAGAUUUUUUAUGCUGCAGGAAUUUUUCGAUGGUUGCGUAUCUUCCACCGUUCCGAGCUUGAUGGCUGCUUUUUCUGAGCGAUUUAGAAAGAUAGGUAUUGGAAGUAAAGGCACGAAAAAAAACCGCCAUGUAUUGGCCUUCGCAGGUAUUUUCAUGGAUGGGACUCCCGCUUUUUUUAUUAAUUUAGAAUACUGCAACUUGUUGCUUCUUAAUUUCGUUGUCGUGUUCUGUUCAAUAGCGCACAUCAAGAGGAACGGUGAUGGUCAGGGAAGAAAAUGAUUUGCCAACACCAUAUUGCCGAUUUCGAGGACUAUGUAACGUUGGCGUCGAAAGCUUGCGAAAGUCAAGAAGAGGCCCAGAUCAACAUGGACUUGCUGCAGAACAAAUUCGGUAUAGAAGUACUGCAGCUUUAAUGCCUUUAACUUGGUGCUGACUUGGUUUUUGUGCAAAUUGCAAUUAUCGAAAAAGUGAACAUGUUGUUGGGUUUGCGUUUUUUUCGUACGAUAAGCGCGUCAUGCUUCCGCAUCAUAGAGACGGUGUCCGAUAAUAGACAGGAAUGCUGUACUUCUAGCAGUCGUUGAAAAUUAGAAUAUCUUCAGGUGUGAUGCACUUUGCGAAGUACAACCUCGGCGGGAAUCCGCUUUUGGGCGGGGUUGGCGCCCAUCAUGGUAGCAUUCUGAUGGACUUCCCCGUUGUCGACUUCCCCAGCAACAGAAUGAAAGUGUUUAUCCGGAGAAAAAUGAUUCGAAUUCAUUGUCAUCGAGAGGCCAGCGUCCUACGGGUCGGUCUACUUCUUCUAGAAAUGCAAUGACUGUGUCCGUGUCCCCGAGGCAGAAAAGAAGAUAGUGCAUGAACAACUUUUAUUGCUGUAGUUUGGUCUUGGCGUAGUUUUUCCUUCGACUCAUUUCUCCCUUCGCAUACCUCUGCGCAUGGAAGUCGCCCGGGGCGGCUCGAAUGUGUACAGCAACCCGGUGCCGGGCACGGAUGCCGCUCACGGGCAGAUGUACAGUUACGCGCGACUCGGGUACCUGCUGCCCGACAAAACUCCAAAGGAUUUUUACGACCUGGCGAACGUGGUGAUUCACAAGCACCAGGACAUCGCUUCCGGGUACGACCUGCUCUCGUCCAACUGCUUGCAUUUCGCGUCCUCCUUUGCCGCGAUAGCGGUGAGCUCGCAGACCCUGAAUCUCCAGGUGCUGCCCCAGGACGCGGAUCGCGAGAUCAUGAAGGACGCAAAUUGCUUGGCGCGGGCGGGGAAUGCUAUCCGACAGGGCCUCGUGCAGGCUGGCUUGGAGUACGUGGUGGGCGGCGCCCCCCUGCAACAGGGCAAUAUGCCCUUCGAUGACCUCAGCAAGACCCAGCUGAAGCAAAACGUGUGGAAGCAAAAGAAAAACAAGAGAAGGGGGAUCUGUUGCGGAUAAGGGGUCGUCUUCAAACAAGUAGAACAGCAGAGUUUGUUAUUUCCGAACACCAGAAUUCCCUUUCGCUUCGUCUAGCUCUAGCUCGUUUCCCUUUCCUUUGUUUUGCUUGUCUUCUAGAGCAGAGACACAAUAGCCGUGUUGUACACGCUUGUUUUUUAUUUCACAUCUGAGCACAAAUGAACAUUGAGAUGAGCAGCCAGCAUCUCUUUAGAAGUCGGAAGCGACCCGUUUCAUCCGUGUAUAGAAGUUUCUGCCAUCUGCAUCUGCUGUCGCACGGUCCGUGGCUCCGAGGGUUCUCCUCGCAGUGGCCUUUUGCCAUGCACUGACACUUUCUGCUAGCUGUAUUUUCGCGGUUUCGUACUCUGUAUGUACGACCUUCUGCAAAACGCAAACCAAGCAAUCGAUUUUUGUUUCAUCAUGAAAACUGUUGUCUGCAAAACGGAAAAGAAAUCAAGAUAAGCACCAUCCUCAACACAAGAGAAACACACUGGCACAU